CUUCAAUGCAUGUAUUGCUUCUUGUAGUAUGCGCUAAAUGAAAUCGUAUGACCGAUAAUUUAAUGUACUUCAUCCAUUGAUGCUAUUACAAAACAGUGAAUGAUUGAAGCGAAACAUGCGCGCGCAUAUCAGUAUGGCUUCUCGUUUGACACAAAAACAACAAAAGCCUCGGCUUUCAAUUUAAUAUGAGACUUCGCGUUCAGGAGCGGCGCGAGCAAGUAAAGUGCUUACGACUGAAUUGAUAUCAACAAUAGGACUCGUAAAACGUAUUAAAAGAAGUGACCAACCCAUAAACAUGCAUAUUUAAACCAAAAUUUGUAACUAGCAUUAGAACAAAAGAAUUAACCAUUUGUAUCAUAUUCACCACUGCCAUACAAUUGGAAUCAACGAAAGAGCCCAAAUUAAGUCCAGCCAUCUGGACUAUAAAAGAAAUUUUCACCUGUAAUGGAGAAAGGUGACCGUAUUUCAGAAUAUUUAUUCGCAAAGAUGGGCCCAGGUGAUAGGGGGCCGAAGACUACGGAAGGCAGGACUGCGCCUGUCGAAUACACGGGAAUGAGGAAGUGGUUCAUGGAUAACACCUUACUGGUGGUAACGUUGGCUGGUGUUCUCAGUGGGAUUGCUGUAGGAUUUGGUCUUCGACCGUAUCACUUGGGCCAAGAUGCCCACAUGAUUAUUUCGUAUCCCGGAGAGUUAUUUAUGAGGCUCCUCAAAUUAAUGAUUUUACCAUUAAUUAUAGCGAGCUUGAUCGCUGGCUCUGCAAGCCUUAAUGCUAAGAUGAGUGGUAAAAUAGCUUUACGGACGUUGUCGUAUUUUGUUUUGACGUCAAUGUUUAACGCAUUCCUUGGUAUACUACUGGCUGUGCUUAUUCAUCCAGGCGAAUCUGAUUUGAAGGAGAAUAAUGGACGAAUAGUUCAGAAUCGGGAUCAUAAUAUAUUGGACAGUCUUCUGGAUAUUGGCCGAAAUAUCUUCCCAGAUAAUAUAGUGCAAGCAGCAUUCCAACAAGCUCACACAGUAUAUGUAGAACCUCAAUCGUUCUUUGCGAACAAUGCAACGGAAAAUGAUACGGAACGAGUUUUAGUUCGAGUAGUGCAAUAUAGGUCGGGAACAAAUACUCUAGGAUUAGUUUUCUUCUGUUUAGUGUUUGGUAGUUUGUUAGGUACUCUGGGACCAAAAGGGCAGGUUGUGAUCGAUUUCUUUCAAGCAAUAUUCGAAGUGAUAAUGAAAAUGGUGACCGGUGUCAUGUGGUUCACACCGGUCGGAGUCAGCAGUGUGAUCGCUGGAAAGAUUCUUGGUGUUGAUGAUGUAGCUCAAGUGAUGUCCCAAUUAGCCUGGUUCAUAGCUACAGUAGCUAUAGGGGUAUUUCUCUAUCAGCUUAUUGUAAUGCAGUUGUUAUAUUUUCUGUUUCUAAAACGGAAUCCAUACAAGUUCUAUUGGGGAUUAUCACAUGCUAUGCUCACGGCUUCGGCUACUGCGUCUACUGCAGCGGCGUUGCCAAUAACGUUCCGCGCUAUGGAAGGGCCGCUGCACAUCGACCCGCGGAUUACGCGCUUCGUGCUGCCCAUCGGGUGCAACAUUAACAUGGAUGGUACAGCGCUGUUCCUGGCUGUGGCCAGUGUGUUUAUAUGCCAGAUGAACGGCAUGCAUCUAGGAUUUGCUCAGCUGGCGACUAUUUUCCUAACAUCAACAGCGGCAUCCGUAUCAUCCGCGUCAGUACCGUCAGCAGCGAUGGUGUUAUUACUGGUUGUGUUGGCGGCGGUCGAUGCUCCAGCACAUGAUGUGUCACUGCUGUUCGCUGUUGAUUGGCUUGUGGAUAGGAUCAGAACAACAAACAACAUGCUAGGCGAUUGCUACGCGGCAGCCAUUGUGGAGCACAUGUCCAAACAUGAGCUGAUGGCUUGUGAUGCUGUUGCUUCUAUGGAGCCAGUAGCAACAAAUGGCACCCUACCAACGACCACCACAGAUUUAGACAUAGUGUCUUGUAAGAAAUCCCUCGGUUCUGACGACAUUGUUAUCGACAUGCAUUUAAACAAUAUCACCAAGAGUUAGUUGUGUAGUUGUGUAGCAGGUUAUAUCGUUUUAGGGUUCAGUAGUAAAUGCUGAUGAGAAGUUAUAAAUUUUUGAUGAAAAAAUCAUGAAAAAUGUAAAGAACAGUGGUUAUUGUUUCAUCGUAAUUGUUAAUAUCGUAAAAAAAUUUGCUGGGAUUUUUUUGAGCGAUAUCAUUAUUUUUUGUUUGAUUUGUAUUGUCGAUGUUUUCAAAUUACGUAAAAUUUAAAAUAAAUGACCACGUUACCUAUUAUUGUUCAAAAAUUUAAUACAUGUCAUUUUUUUCUAUAUGGAAUUUCGUGGUAAAAUGUAAAAAACAUCUUGACGUAAAAAAUAUCAGUUUCAUCAUGUGCGGUAUCAAUUUUAUUGCGUUUUAUUUGUUCCUGUCCUCAUGUAAGACCUAUCCCCUUCACUGAGCGGAAAUCUCCUUUUAUAUCUUUGAGAAGACAUUUUAUAAAUUGAUUCAAUUAUUUAUGUUUUAUAUUCAACACACGUGCGAGUUCCCACUAUAAAAUUCUAUGAUUAUUUACUAUACAAUCACACAAUGUUUUUAAAAAAAAAUACCUAAUAGAAAAGGUAAGUAGGUAUUGAGAAAUAUAUAAUUGUUCCUAAUUUGUAGACGAGGAAAAUAUAAUACUAUUUUUAAUUAUAAACGUUUAUGUUAUUAAUUAUUUAUUUAUAUCUGUUAUUCUUAUCAAAUCUUAUCAAAUAAUAAUAUCAUCCUCCAUUAAAAAUAUUUAUGUAACUAUAUCAUUUUGGCAAAUUUUUAUAACUUCUCAUUGGUUUCACUAAAUUAUUAAGUAUGGAGCAAAUAUUUAAAUUGUUAUAUAUUUAUGAGUAAAUGCGCAGAUCAUUUGCCUAUUGUAAAAUUAUAAGUAUAUUGGAAC